AUGGGAGACGGAGAGUCGAACGCGUCGGAGCGGGACGUGCUCUGGAAGAAUGCGAAGGCGGAGUUGCAGAAGGUCGAAGAAAAGUUGGGUAAGGCUAUCGCACGUGGAGAGGAAGAGGAGGCAACAGGCCAAGCGGAGGCAGAAGGCGAAGCAACGGAUGGAGAGGGAAAUGAGCUAAAGAGGUUGACAUACGAGGCAACUCUUGCCGAGCUGACCCGUCUGGAGGAGAUGUUGAAGACACUCAUGGAGGAAAUUAAAUUCGGGCGCAUAGAGGAAGAGCUCGAGCAGCGCGCACGUCUAGAGGAGGAACGCGAGGCACUUGAAGAAGCACAACCAAAGCGGAGUAGCUUGGAGGAGGAAACGGACGAAAGAGAUGCCGCGCUCCGCGAAGAUAAGGGUCCUCAGGAGGAGGAGAAGGGCCAGGGCUACGACGAGGAUGAAGACGAGGAUAGGACGGAUGAAGUUGAGCCGCCCGCAUCCGCGGCGCCUGCGCAGUCCGAAGGGUCAGCGUGGCAGUGGCCUGGAUCGAACCCAUGUGGUCGUUCUCAACCUCCGAUCGACGACAUGGGCCACGUGUUCCAGCUCAGCCAGCUGCUCUUUUUCGUUGGUCGUGUAUUCGUCAAGCACAUCGCUUCCCUCCUGGAGUGGAAACGGCGGAAGGACGAACGGGAAUUUGUUGAGAAACUCGCAGUUUCCAAAGGCUCGACGGAUAAAGUCUCCAAGGGGUGUGAGAAGCUUUAA